AUGACCACUCAGCUCUGCACCCCGGCCUUCUCCACCGGCUCUGGCAGGGCCUUCUGCGGCACGGCAGGCGGCUUCUCGCGGGUGUCCUCCUUCCGCUCUGGGGGCUCCUGCAGGGUCCCGGGGCUGGCUGGUGCCGUGGGCUCCGGCUCCUCCUUCAGGUUGGGCCUCUCCGGCCCUGGGGGCUUCUUGCCUGGCUCCUGCCUGUCCACGGGGGGCCACCCCUCUGGCUUCGUCGGGAGUGGGGGCUGGCUCUGCGAGGGCUCCUUCAACAGCAACGAGAAAGAGACCAUGCAGUUCCUGAACGAACGCCUGGCCAGCUACCUGGAGAAGGUGCGCGAGCUGGAGCGGGCGAACUGCGAGCUGGAGGGCCGCAUCCGCGAGUGGUACGAGUGCCAGAGCCCGUACAUCUGCCCCGACUAUCAGGGCUUCUUCAGGACUGUGGAGGAGCUCCAGCAGAAGAUCCUGCUGACAAAGUCUGAGAACGCCAGGCUGGUCCUGCAGAUAGACAACGCCAAGCUGGCUGCGGAUGACUUCCGGACCAAGUACGACACGGAGCUGUCCCUGCGGCAGCUGGUGGAGGCCGACAUCAACGGCCUGCGCCGGAUCCUGGACGAGCUGACCCUGUGCAGGGCCGACCUGGAGGCGCAGGUGGAGUCGCUGAAGGAGGAGCUGCUCUGCCUCAAGAGGAACCACGAGGAGGAGGUCAAUGCUCUCCGUGGUCAACUUGGGGACCGACUGAAUGUGGAGGUGGACGCCGCCCCGCCGGUGGACCUUAACAAGAUUCUAGAUGACGUGCGGUGCCAGUAUGAGGCACUGGUGGAGAAUAACCGCAGGGACGUGGAGACCUGGUUCAACGCCCAGACCGAGGAGCUGAACCAGCAGGUGGUGUCGAGCUCGGAGCAGCUGCAGAGCUGCCAGGCAGAGAUCAUCGAGCUGAGACGCACGGUCAAUGCCCUGGAGAUCGAGCUUCAGGCCCAGCACAGCAUGAGGAACUCCCUGGAGUCCACCCUGGCCGAGACCGAGGCCCGCUAUGGCUCCCAGCUGUCCCAGAUGCAGGGCCUGAUUGGCAAUGUGGAGGCCCAGCUGGCUGAGAUCCGCUGCGACCUGGAGCGGCAGAACCAGGAGUACCAGGUGCUGCUGGACACCAAGGCGCGGCUGGAGCAGGAGAUUGCCACCUACCGCUGCCUGCUGGACAGUGGGGACAGCAAGCUCCCUGCCCACCCUUGCUCAAUGGAGUGCAAGCCUGCUGUGCGGGGUCCCUGCAUCCUCCCCGGGCCCUGCACCCCAGCCGCACCCUGCGUGGCAGCCCCCCAGGUCAGCACCCAGAUCCGCACCAUCACAGAAGAGAUCAGAGAUGGGAAGGUCGUCUCCUCCAGGGAGCAUGUGGUGCCCUGCCCGCUGUGA